AUGAGCUCCAUGGGGCUAAAGAUGCACUCAGGACACGAGGAGUCAAAAGUGGACCAGAACAGAGACUCUACUAGUGCUAGUGCAAGUUUUUCACGACGCAGGGGGGAAGGUAAAGAUGAUGCCACAAGUUCUGCAAUUUCCUCAAGGCGACUUAAUUCACAAGAUGGCAAUUCUAAACCUGGUGAUGACAUAUCAUCAAAACGCUCCUCUUCAGAUUCAUCUACAAGCUCACUCCGAGAGGACUGGGGUGCUGGUGGCCCGCCCUCCCCCAGAGCGGCAGCCGCCCCCAGCCCCAGUCGCCCCCUCCGUUCUCUUAGAAGACCAGUGGCCCCCCAACAACCAGCGUGUAAACCUUCACCCGCCGCCGGGUGUCGGUCAUCGUGCCGCCCGGGGGCCGGGGCAGAGGCCCCGGUGGAGUCGCCCAGGAAGGGGGGCCGGGACACGCGGGAGCCAAGGCGGGAGGACGCCCGCAAGCGGAGGACUCACGGGCCUCACUGCCGCCGCUGGCCGCCGCGGGACCGCGGGACCGCCCGCAUGGCCCGCUCCCGGGCCCGACCUCUGGGCCCCGGUCUUUCCUCGCCUCCGACUCCUCAGCGCUAUUGUCCAAGCCCGGCGAGCCCGGCCGCCCCGAAGAGGGGCGCGGCAGCGCUUCACAGCCUCCCGGCCCGAUGCGGUAGGAACUCGGAGCGCCGGUCACUGCCCUGCUCCCGCCUCCGCCAUGAUCUCCGCGAAGCAGCUUCCCGCGCCGCCGCCGCCUCCUCAGGCCGCCGCCGCCAUGUUUUCCUUCCUUAUACCUGGCCCUGCCACCGCAGCCAGUGGCUCCGCUCCGCUCCUCUGCUUCAAACGUCCCAAGCCGAGGGGCGUCUGCUCUUCCUGCAACUGCUACCACUGCGCAGGAGACUGCGAGAGCCCCCAGGCGCACGAGCGCUCCUGCCUCCUGGAAGUCCCUUUCCCUUGGCCGCCGCCGCCGCCUCUUCCGUCUUCCUCACACAGCCAAAGCCGCCGCCAUCUUGGUUCGCCCCUCAAUAGCGGCGCGCGGGGCCACCCAGGCAGCAGCUGCAGGG